CAGGGUCCUUGGUAGAAGGACCGCGGCAGAAGUAAACAUAAAAAAGAUGUUCGCUAACGGCAAUUAACGUUCAAUUACCGAUUUCAGUAGAAUUUACCUCACUCACACGUACAUUUGACUACGAAGCGAUGGCGGAGGAAAAUGAACUGGAGAAGUAUAAAACUGUUUUACUGCGUGUGCUCAGUUUCCCCGUUACAGCUACUUACGCUUCAAGCUAACGCUAGUUUUCAGCCUAAAACGUUAACCGCCCUCCACCGUAGAGCAGGGGUGUUUUCGUUUGACAGCUGUUGUAUUCAUCGUGUUCUAAGACGAGUGUGUUAUCCUGUGUGAGAAAAUCCUCCCGCUAAUACAGUUUCCAUUAACUGCGUGUGCUGUGCGUGGGGUGAAAGGUCGGCUAAAUGAGUGAGUCUCCUCUGCCGACGCCUCCGCUGAUUCAGCAACUCGGGUCAAAGGAGGACACUGCUCGCCGUCCCUCGUCCAUUCACUAAACGACUCACUGUCUCCUCUGCUCCCCGCAUCUCUGUUUUCUCCCACUUAAUUGAAUUAUCCUCCCCUUGGCUCCCCCUUGAGGCGUGCAGUAGAGGAGCUCCUAAAGGAGACCGACAGGGCUCGAGUGAGAGCAGAGACCAUGGGCCCUGCAGGAUGGUUGAAGUGUCCCCUGCGGAGCACCAACAAGCGCUUCCUCCUCAACACCCUGCGCUCCACCGGCCUGCAGCAGCACACUGCUGAGUCCAGAGACGGAAACUCCACCGCGAGAGGGCGCCUGAGGAGCGACUCCCCGGACAGAAGCCGCAACCGCAGCAGAACACCUCCCAGAGAUCCCAGAGGCAAAGGAGACCAGGCGGACCGUAAACACCGCCGCGAGGACAGCUGCAAUAACAAAGAUAAGAAGCCGGAGAGAGACAAAGAGAGGAGUUGCAGACAUGCAGACAGCAGAGACGGGAGACAUGGAAAAGAUGGCCGGGACAGAGCCAAAGGCGGACUUCAUGAAUGAAGACUUCUGUUCAGGGAAGGGAACACUGACUUUACAGAUUGCCGCUCCCUGUACAGGCCGCACUUAGGUGGACGCUCCUGUGGACCACACCUCACCAGCCGACCAAGAGAGUAGUUCUGUGCACCGGGCUGAGAAGACGUUGACAAUUUUAUUUCUGAUGAUAGAUUAUAGAUAGAUAUUUAUACACCAACAUUGACGAGGUUUAUUUGUUUUUAUUCAAUUGCUCAUAAAGCCAGUAGCCAAGAUUCCUUUCUUUCUCUUUUCUGUUUCUUCACUUGUAUUGUAGAAUAAACUACCAAGUUGCCGUUUAA